AUGAUCCUUACAUUUGUGAUUUGUGCUUUUAUUUUUGUUAAUCGUUUUUGUUGGGCCUUUCAAAAAAUUACCGAUAAUCAAUAUGCAUUGAUGCCAAAUCUAUUUCAUCUUGACGAUUAUGACAAAUGCAUGUUAUUGCAAAACAGAGCGCUCUAUUGCUCGAUAACUUUUGAGCUUGAACCUCUGGAUGCUGAAAAUCCUUCAGAAAUAUGGAAAAUAGUCAAGUCAGUGAGUUCUGUACCAUCAAAUUACAGACAUGACCAUUUAAGGCAUGGGAUUUGUGUGCCAACUACUUGUCCCAAUACUUCCGCUCUAUCUCUACAGGACCAAUCAGAAAUUACCAAAGAUAUAAACGAUUGUUACAAUAACAAGUAUGAAAAUAUGGGUUUGAAGGGGAAUGUUACAAAAAUAGAUUGUUUAACAUACAAUUUUUCAUAUCCAAUUGAUCAAUACGAUAUUAUAGUAGCGGUUCUCAUUUUAUUUUAUAUAGGUUUUAUAAUUUUUGCUUCUGUCUACGAAGAAAUAGCCAAAAGAAAAUCGCGAUUACAAUACGAUGAAAUUAUAUCCAAAACAAUUGGAAAAUAUUUAGCAGCUUUUUCGAUUUCAAAAAAUUGGAAGAGAUUAACCAAGGUCGAUGAGAAUCAAGAACUAAGAUGUUUAGCUGGAAUUAAAUUUUUCAACAUGAUUUUCGUAGUGUUGGCUCACACGAUGUUAAGUGUUUUUGCAGGUGGAAUUUUUAACACCAAAUUUUCCGAAAAUCUAACAAAAAACACUUUUAAUAUGAUAAUUAUCAAUGGAACAUACAUAAUACAAUCAUUUUUUUUGAUAUCCGGUUGGUUAUUGUCUUACAAUUUUUUUUUGAUGUUCGAAAAAAGGAAGUUUCGUUUAAUGUAUCUUCCCAUGGUUUUUGUUAAUAGAUACAUUAGAUUGACCCCGGUUUUUGUCGUCGUACUGGCUUUUCAUUGCACGUGGUUGGUGCACUUGCCAAGGGGGCCUCAGUGGCACAAAGCUGUCGAAUGGGAGCACCAUUAUUGCAGAAAAAAUUGGUGGACCAAUAUGCUAUACGUUAACAAUUACGUGGACAAGGAACACAUGUGCAUGGAGCAUACGUGGUAUUUGGCAGCUGACACGCAAUUAUUUGCUGUAUCACUAAUAAUUUUGGGAGUCGUAUUCAAAAUUCCAAAAUACACCAAAUUAAUUCUUGGAUUUUUUUUCGCCAUGGGAGUUUUUUUGCCUGGACUGGUCAGCUGGGUUACCAACAGUGACAUUCUAACCAGACUUUACCCAGAAAACUUAUACCUAUUAUUACUGGAAACGGAAAACUUUCACACCCUGUAUACUUCCGCGUAUUCCAACGUGGGAGGCUAUGCACUGGGCCUACUAAGCGGAUAUGUUUAUUAUAAAACCAAAGAUAUAAAAAUAAAUAUAACCACGUUUCAUGUUUUAUUUUGGUGGUUACUCACUUUUGGCAGCGGGUUGUUCGUUAUCCUGAUAGCAGGAAUAAUGUACAAUGACGAUUUUACUUACACACGAUUGGAAGCCGCUCUUUAUUGGGCCUUUGGAAAAAACGUUUUUGUAUUUGCGGUAGCUCUGGCCAUCUUUGGAGCCACCAGAAAUUUGGGAGGAAUUAUAAAAAAAAUACUGGAACUACGGAUGGUCCAAAUUCUAAGCAGACUUACUUAUAGUGUGUAUAUUGUCCAUGUAACAUUAUUAAAAUACAAAAAGGCUGUCGUGAGAAGCCCAUCCUAUCUAAGCUAUUACACUGUUGUUUACGACUGUUUCUCCGAUUUAUGUUUAUCAUACAUUACGGGAUUACUGUUGUGUUUACUCUUCGAAAUGCCAAUUUCGGCGUUACAGAAAAUUUUUAUUCCUCAACUAAGCUCAAAAUCUCAACCAAAUUUAAAUGACAUCCAUUCAAAAACGAACGAAGAAGAAGAACUAAAAACUAGUGUUUAAUUGUAUUACUGAAGUACCUA